CACCCCUCUAGCUGUUGUGCGUCGCUAUUGGCUGGUGGGCGUGCCCACCUCCGGCAGAGCAAAAUCAGAAGUUUGCUCACCGAACUGCCUGGCUUUGUGUGGUGAGCGAGACUGGGGAAGACAGAGCCUCCGUAUACCACUCUCGAAAAACGGCUUCGUGAUAUAACAACUCUUCGGUCUCCCCAACCCACCACUACCACACCUGCAAGAGAGUGACAUAGGCCUACAGUUAUUUAAAGUACCGUUUCUACGACGGUUACAGUGGCGGCCAGCAUGAGCUUCAGUGCGGACUCCACCUCCCCCAACCCAUUUCACAUGUGUAACAUCUGUCAAAAGGUGAUAAGGAAAAAGGAUAAAGGAGUCAGAGUGCCGCGACCCUUCUCCAGUGGACCCAGUGCCUUCAUUCCAAAGGAAGAGAUUGUGGAGGCGUCCCAAGUGGACCCCCUCACAGAGCAGCUCCUAGCCGAGGCCUACUCUCCGUCAGGCCAUGUGGACCACCUGACCCAGGUGAUGGGACUGCACCCCCACUACCUGGAGUCCUUCCUGCACAGCCAGUUCUACCUGCUGAGGAUGGACGGCCCCUUGCCUCUCCACUGCCGACACUUCAUCGCCAUCAUGGCUGCAGCGCGUCACCAGUGUUCCUUCCUGGUGUCUCUGCAUGUGCGUGAGUUCUACAGGAUGGGGGUGUGUCUGGACUGGCUGAAGGGCCUGCAGUACGUCCCUCAGAGACUGAGGAACCUCAACGAAAUCAACAAGCUCCUAGCACACAGACCAUGGCUCAUCACCAAGGAGCACAUUCAGAACUUGGUGAAGACAGGGGAGCACAGUUGGUCUUUGGCAGAGCUGGUCCAUGCUGUGGUCAUAUUGACCCAUUUCCAUGCAUUGGCCAGCUUUGUGUUUGGCAGUGGCAUCAACCCCCAGGUUGACACACAAAACACCAACGGCUUCCAGGCCAUCUACAUCAGCAACUACUGUACAUGUGACCUGGCCAGCGACCAUCACCUGGACCGAGAUCUCAGCAGUAGCAGCCCUGAGACCACAGACUCGGUCAGUGAGUUGGAGGCGCUGAUGGACAGAAUGAAGAGGCUGCAGGAGGAGAGAGAGGAGGAUGAGGCUUCGCAGGAGGAGAUGGCCACACGCUUCGAGAAGGAGAAGAAAGAGAGCCUAUUGGUGGGCUCUGGAGAUUUGGAGGAUGAGGUGAUGCCCACAUCCAAAGUGUCUCAGUUUGUGGAAGAUGCCACCUUCGGGUACCAGGACUUUGCUCGACGCGGGGAAGACAAUCCACCAACUUUUAGAGCACAGGACUACUCGUGGGAGGACCAUGGUUUCUCUCUGGUCAACAGGCUUUAUUCAGACAUCGGGCUGCUGCUGGAUGACAAGUUCCGAACAGCGUGUGACCUGACCUACUACAACAUGGCCAGUCACGAGGACGUGGACACCACCAUGCUCCGACGUGCACUCUUCAACUACGUGCACUGCAUGUAUGGCAUCAGAUAUGAUGACUAUGACUAUGGGGAGGUGAAUCAGCUAUUGGAACGCAGUCUGAAGGUCUAUAUAAAGACCGUAACAUGUUAUCCAGAGAGGACCACUCGUCGCAUGUAUGACAGCUACUGGAGGCAGUUUCGCCACUCCGAGAAGGUCCAUGUGAACCUACUCCUAAUGGAGGCCAGGAUGCAGGCAGAACUGCUAUAUGCCCUACGCGCCAUCACACGCUACAUGACCUGACCAACCACAGCGGGCCAUCUGUGUCCACCUGACCAAUAGAAACCCCAGCCCACGUCCCCCCCAACACCGCUACUGGCCUUUCCCCUCUCCACAGCCCCAGGAAUGCGGCCUCUGGGAACCAGGAAACUGUCUCACUACCAGUCACAUGUCACUGGCCUCUUACUGUAUGGUUGGAUGGGGACUUUUACCUAUUUUCUUUUAGCAUAAUGAGGAAUUAUAUGAAAAUGAAGGAAAUCCUACUGUGAGUGUGUAAAAAUUGUGAAAACGGGUGCACGUUCUCAUCCUUUUUUGCCAAAAUGAUAUUGCCAGUUUGGCUUUAGUGACAUAGUGAAGGGGUUGGAGUUCAUGACUAACUUUAAAAAAUAUAUAUUUAUCCAAGCAACCUCAAAGUACUGCACUGUGCUCUAAGGAAAUACUGAAUAGCCGGAAACGGUGUUGCACAACGUAGAAUAUACCUCUGAAUGUAAUGCCUUGAUUUGGUACAGUCCCACCAAUAUCAGGUGUAAGAUUAAAAUAUUAUCUGAUUGAGAGAGCAAGCCCUUUUGUGGCACUAUUUUAAAAAGUGCAAUAUUUCUACAUAAUUUGCUAUUUAAAAAAGGUAGACUUAGCUAAAUGACGUUGCCAUGAGCAGCACCGCAGAUAUUGAGAUGAGUGAGAUGCAAGACUUCACCCUAACAGUCACACACAGUAUCUUCGCAUGGGUAUGAGUUCACUUCACACUUACAGCGUGGUAGCCAGGAUACCAAAACAGAAGUUGAACCUCUCGCUUCAUCACUCUUAGUUGCUGCAGAAAUUGACCCACUAUGCUGUUUACUUUUAUGCAUCUGUCAUAUCUCUGAGUUUACCUUUGACAGAAUAAUUUUGCUUUUCAGUAUAUUUAUACCUUUGUCAAUAAAUCUGUCAAAUUAAAAUAUUUCUAGAGAACUAUUUAUCUGCAAUGUUUGUCCUAAUACAGAAUAUAAAUCACAGCAGGUAGCGCACAAGAUUUUGUGGCAACAUUAUCAGCAAUUUUAGGACUUCUCUCAUCCUGUUCUGUGCCAAAUGUUUCUCACUGGGUCUGUAAGACAUUAAGAUGACAUACUUGUCUAUUUCGACCAAAGAUGCAGUGUACAGAUGUUAGAUCCAUGAGACAUUUUCAAAACAUUUUUAUAUUCCAUUAGGAAGUACAUUUUUAGAACUGCAAUAAGCUAUGUAAUGCUGGGAACGUGCUCUGUUUUGUUUUAUAAUUACUGAAGUAUCACCACAUGAGUGUGUUCCUAAUCCUAAAAUCUGCACUGUUAACUUUGUAUCACCAGCAUUUAUUUUAUGCUUAUUUCUUCACCAGUGUAGGGUUGAAAAAAAUCAGUGUUUUUGUGAAUGAUUGUUCUUUGCACAUCUGUAUCUGCAAAUGUAGGAACUGCUGAUGGCAGUGUCAAUCAUUUUUGCAGAUAUUUACUGUAGGAAAAAAAAAACUCCCAGUUGGAAAUAUGCAAGAAAUGCCAGUAUUUCCUUAAAUCCCCUCUGUCUCAAAUCUUUCUUGCAUUUAAUUUCUCAGAUGUGAAAUGUGUCAUAUCACCCCCCAUGUAUAGGUUUAGUUACAAUGUUUAAUCAAUGCCUCUGUGAACUCAGAUGACAUUCACCAAAGUACUGUUUACUUUUUGCCAACCUACCUUUUAAAGGGAUAUUUUUUUCAUUAGUACACAUAAUCAUGAUGCUGUAUUAACAGUGGACUAAAGAAAAAAAUACCCAAAUAGUUUGAGUGCAUUUUCAUAUUUUAUUUGAAUAAACAAAGUGUUAACAAUACCAAUUAGGCUCUGUAUCAUCAGAAUUAUAACUGAUGAUGGAAGCUGAGUUGUCCAAACUUUACAAAAUGAUAAUCUACUGGUCAGAGUUAAAGCUGCACUUCUCUCUUUCCCAGAUUGUGCUUCAGGAUUGUUGUAAUAGUUUUGGGAGGUCGUGCCUUCCCCCCCCCCACACCAAAAAAAGCUAAAAGGACAACAGUGCAACUGAAACUGUACCUCGCCUGUAAGGACAUUUUCAAAACAAUAAAGAAGUUACAAAUACA